UCUAAAAGAAACAUUAAUUUUUAAUUUUAUUUAUUUAAAAAUGCAAUUACUUACAAUAUUUUUAGUAUUUGGAUUAGCAGCUUUAACAUUGGCAGGACAUCAUCAUGGACAUGCUAGUAGUUAUGCUAGUGUUGUAAAACACGAAGAACCACACCAUCAUCAUCAUGAUGAACAUCAUGGACAUGAUUAUGGUCAUCACGGACAUGAUGAUCAUCAUGAUUAUUAUUCACAUCCAUCUUAUAAAUUUGAAUAUGGUGUAAAAGAUUCACAUACUGGUGAUAAUAAAAAUCAAUGGGAACAUCGUGAUGGUGAUCAUGUUAAAGGUGCUUAUGAACUUCAUGAAGCUGAUGGUACAAAACGUCUCGUAGAAUAUACAGCUGAUAAACAUAAUGGAUUUAAUGCUGUUGUAAAAAGAAUUGGACAUGCUCAUCAUCCUGAAGUUCAUGGACACCAUUAUGGACAUGGUCAUGGUUGGUACGUUACUAUGUGUUCAUUAAAAUUUGUAUUGUGUUUUGGAUUAAUAGCUGUUGCUGCAGCUGGAUAUUUACAUGAACAUCAUGAUGAUCAUCAUGAUUAUUAUUCACAUCCAGCUUAUAAAUUUGAAUAUGGUGUAAAAGAUUCACAUACCGGUGAUAAUAAAAAUCAAUGGGAACAUCGUGAUGGUGAUCAUGUUCAUGGUGAAUAUGAAUUACAUGAACCUGAUGGCACAAAACGUAUUGUCAAAUAUACAUCAGACAAACAUAAUGGAUUUACAGCACAUGUAGAAAGAGUUGGACAUGCCCAACAUCCACAAAUUUACGGACACGAUGAUGGACAUCACAGUCAUCACGUACAUGGUCAUGGACAUGCUGAAAGUUACGCCAAUGUUAAUUUGCAUCAUCAUCAUCAUUAGAAAAACUGAUUAUAUAACAUUAUACGGCUUUCCUCAUAAU